UGACUUUGCCAAGUAGAUUUCAAUAUAGGCAAGAUGCUACGGCUGAAAUUUGUCGCUAUUUUCCUACUAUUGGCUAAGCUGAGCACUUGCCACGAUUUGAACGCUUUUGAUUUAAUUCACGGCGAUUUAUUUGAAAGUCAUGAGAGCAGAGCAUUUGAGGAAAAGUUCAUAACCCAAAAACUAGACCAAUUGAAUAUCUUUGACGACCGGACGUGGCAACAGAGAUAUUUUUCUUCAAAUCAAAAUUACACAAGUGGAUCGCCAAUACUGCUAGUGUUGGGUGGCGAAUGGGAAGCGAGACCUUCAGUCAUUGAAAACGGAUUCCUUGGUCAACUCGCGGCAAAUUUGAGCGCCUAUACCAUUUAUCUGGAGCAUCGAUUCUAUGGACAAAGCCGACCUCUCCCAGAUUUGACUCUUGAAAGCUUGUCCUAUCUGACCCUAGAGCAAGCUUUUGAAGACACUGCUGUUUUUGUGCAGACAUUAAAAAAUCAAGGGUUUGAUGGCAAGUGGAUUUUGGUUGGGGCUUCGUACUCGGCGGUCAUGGCUUCCUGGGCCAGGGCGCGCUACCCCCAUUUGUACCACGCCGCGUACGCUUCAGGCGCAACUGUGCUGGCAGUGAUUGACAUACCAGAAUAUUUUGAGGUUAUGGGCAAGGCUUUUGAAGACACGGAUCCAAAUUGUCCUCUAGUGAUUCAGACUGGAAUGUCACAAUUGAAGGAUUUGGUCCAGAGAGGAGAAUCGGCAACCAUUACUUCACUUUUCAAUUUGGCUGAGCCAAUCAACCUAUUUGAGCCGGAUGACGUUUACUUGUUGUACUACACCGUGAGUCAAGUGUACGGCCUCAUGGUGCAAGGGGCUGACCCUGGAACCCUCGAGGCCAAAUGCAGCGCCCUGAUUGCUGGUCAGGACACGCCACUGCAAACUUUCGCCCAAGUGUACAAUGAUCACAUAAAUAAUGCAUCACUGAGUGUGGACGCUUCAAAGGUUGUGGAAAAAUACCAAAAUACCAAUUACACAAGAUCAUUUAUUCGUCAGUGGAUGUUCCAAGCAUGCACCGAAUUUGGUUGGUUCAAUUCCGUCUUUUCUCCAAAUCAACCUUUUGGCCCCAUCGUGCCACUUUUCUUUUUGCUGAAAUUCUGCACUUCCGUCUAUGGCCCCGAAUUUACAUCAGAACGUUUGGACGCAGGAAUAGAAAGAACAAAUAUGUUGUACGGCGGGUUAAACCCUGAGGUAACCAGGGUGAUUUACACCGUUGGCUCGAUUGACCCUUUCAACCCUGCGAUGCUAAGUUCAGAUGUUAGUGCCGACGCUCCAACAGUCAUUAUUGAAGGUGGAUCACAUUGCAACGAUUUGACUAAUCCAGCAAAACCUGACGACCCUGAUUCCUUUAUUGACGCUAGAACAAAAGUUAUAGAAACACUUGCAGCUUGGUUAGCUGUUGACGUGUAAAAAAAUUAUAUAAAAGUCAUGAGCAUUAUUAUGAUAAUGAGAUCGAUGAUAAUAAAGUUGUU